AUGAAGCCGCGGGAUCUAUGGGAACUUAUGACCGACAUUGUCACCCAGUGCCUUCAGGACUCUCUCACAGACUCACCCGAGCUAAUGCUUGACGACGCCUUAGAGAACUGCCCGUCCCUUUCUGAGGAAGAGGAGGCGCUGGUUCGUGAAGCAGUCAUGGGUACCCUGCACUUUGAAAAGGUCUCGGAGGGCAUGGUAAGAGGCUACCGUGAUUGCAUGCGUCACAUCGUGACCAAUAGGUGUUCCAUGUAUCUCGUGGCAUAUAUGAUGAUUUUCCAGUACACCGUGCUGGGUGGCCAUCGCAUACGUGAACUUUUCUAUCGCUGCACAACCACACCGCGUCUCGUUGAGUAUCUAGAGUACAUGCUGGACCCAGAGAGUCUCAUGGAAUACUCCAAUCCAUACUGGAGUCAUCACUAUGAUAUGAAUUUUAUCACGAAUAGUAUCUUCCGGCCUUUACUAGAAAUUACUCCCCGCGUGCGCGAGGACGUUAUUGAGUGGCUCCUGAACAAAACGGCUGCUCGGGUCGUGCGAGUCGAUGAGUCGGAGGAUGUAAAGUACCCAACCACCCGAACCGUGGCGACGCAACCACCGCGGGUGACGAGUGCCCCUGAAGAGCAUCCGGGCAAACUCCCACCCGAGGAGGUGCGAGCGAUGUUGUACACCAUUCCCGAGAAGCGACCUCCACGUAUAGACUACAGAAAGCCACCACAAAACGUCGCCAGGUACAGACGCAGCCCGACUGAGCCAAUUGGUUUUAGUUUCCUAAAUCGACAACCGCGGCAGAAUAAGGUGAUCGAAGAACCACCCGUGUGCCACGCCGAGCCUCCCCACUCGUCUCGGGAAGAGCUGCGGCAGAUGCUUGCGAAACCUGUUACCGUGCGUAUGACAGCCGCUGCCGUUCGAAGAGAGGCGCAGACGUACUUGAAACAAAUGGAGGAGCAGAAGAGGUCUCUUGAGGAGAUGGAGGAGGCUCUGCAUAACUCCCGGGACUUUGAGGAGUGGCAACGCCAAGAAAAGACACGCGAGGCUCAACGGCUCAAGGUUCAGUUUUUGAAUCGCAAGGCCCAAAUUGAGGGUGUCAGUGACAACGUUUUGCAAAGGCGAAGAAGAGUGGAGGAGAUGAAUCGCGUUGUGUCCUCCCAGGUGCGGGCGGAUCUUGUCUUGCAGUUGGGUUCCUUGGCCGUAGCGAAGGAGCACAAGGCCGCUAAGCAACACAAACAAGCUUCUAAACUUCGUCGGGAGUUGGAAGAAAGUCGAAGGAGGGCUAUCGAGCAGGCCCAGCGAGACCGCCUCUCUGCUGCCGCGGAUAUCAAGGCAGAGACCAAGCAACUGCGGGAAGAUGCACUCGAAGAGGAGGAGCGAGUGAGAACGCAACGUCUCAUCCUCAUCCAAGAGAUUCGCCAGCUUCGGGAGCGCAAUCGUCAAAGACGGGCGGAAAUGCAUGAGAAAAACAUUCGUCUUCAGGACGAAAGUCCUGAAGAUUCUGCGUAUGGUGGAAUGUGUGUUACUGCAUUGCGGGAAAAGCUUCGCCAGGCAAAGGAGGAGAGUGAUCGGUUGGAAGAGGAGAGACGGAUGCGAUUUGCUGCUGCGCGACAGCAGGAACGUGAAAAAAUAGAAGCUCUCCGUGCCGUGUGCGCCAACUGGCGCCAAAACACGCGCCGCGCAAGGGAGGAAGAUCUGAAGAGCAAAGAGCAGGAGGCAGCGAAGCUGAAGGCGAGGAAGAGCGAGGAGGAGGCGCAGCGAGCUCUUCAGAUGUGCGAUGCUUUGAAGCAAAAGCGCAAGGACCGACGGAGGGAGUUUACCGCCCUCAGGGCUGAGGAACGUAGACGCAAUAACGAGCUGUUGCUCCUCGCCAAGGGCGCCUCAUACAUUGAGGAGAAACACUGGUCGCAGCAGGAACUCGGUGUUAUCAACCGUCUUACGGUCGCCCAGAAUAAGGAGUUACGCUCGGGCUUUCGGCAGCCACUGUCCUGA